UUUCACUCUGCUAUUAUCUAUCUUUUUAUGGAACGUCGCCGCCGAAGAUCUGGAACGUUGAGGAAGAACUCUUCUAAGGCUGAAAAUUUUAAUGAUGAAAAUAGCAAAUUAGAUUCGUUAUGCGCUUCCCUUGUUGAAGGAAGUAGCAGUUGGGUGAACGACUCUGAGAAUCAGCAGCAGUUAAAUUUUGUUUCUCCUGAUCCCACCCCGACUUUUGAAUGUUUUGCUACUCAGAUACGAAGUUGUGAUGCAAAGCAGAAGCUGAUUCGUGACCUACAAGUUGGUGAUGAAUUGUGCGUUCGAGUCAAACGAGUGGAAUUGGCUGGUAUUUACGUACGGCCUUUGUGUGUUCUGAGGCCAUUUCGUAGAUGCCUGAGUUGGAUGGAGGACUUUCAGGUUUUGGUUGGAAGAGAUAUCCGCGAUAAUGGCUUGGAAAGGCCAGACGACUUACUCAAAGACUUACCUAGGAUUGUCAAAAUAUGCAUGUCAAUUCUUGUUAACUGUGUAGUGUUUAGCUCUUCAUCCUUAUCAGGUGUGAAGAAUGGUGAAGCGCUUUCGAGUGAUGAGACUUUUGAGGACUAUAUACAAAAAAGUAAUUUACUUUCAAAUGCCAAUCUUUCUGAACUGUUCGGUUUUAAAGUGGAGUCUUCAUUGUCUCUUCUUCCGGGUCUGCGAGGCGGAUCUCCUCCUUUGGAAUCUCGAGCUCCUUAUUUAAGAAGAAAGCAGAAUGAGGAGUUAUCAAUGCAGAGUGUUGUUAAAGGUGUAGAAAAAGUCAGAGCAGGGGACUAUACCCCUGCUGUUCAGCAUUUUUUUAAGGCACUCGAAAUAUACGACCGUAAUAUAGAAGCUUUGGUUGGGAGGGCUGCAGCUUACGCUAAUAUGGGUAAAUAUGACUUAGCAGAAAACGACUUAGAUGCAGCGCUUUCCAUAAAAAGUGACCACUCCAACGCGAAAAAUUACAUGGUUGAAGUGUUAAUUAAAUCUGCUAAUGAGUUAUUGGAAUUGAAAGAAACUGAGGAAGCAAAAAAAAAGUAUGAAAAGAUUUUACAGUUCAAGGAUGACAGAAGAGCGUUGGAAGCUUUGAAUAAAAUCAAGAAGGCUGUUACGGAUGAAGUGGCAACAAGUAAGAGGCGGAGACUUAGUAACGAAGAGCAGAAGAAAAAGUCUAACGAAAUGGUAAGGGAUGAACAAAGAAGACGCAAUGAUGCGAAGAAGUUGGCUGAAAUGGAGAAGUUUAUUGCUCAGCUAAAGCAGCAAGCAGAUGCUUAA